GUCUCCGCUCUCCACUGCCCCCAACCAAACCCCACCCCACCCCGUCGAUCGCUCCCGCUACCUCGCCGCUGCGCUAGGCUCGCCGGCUUCCGGCCACUCCACUCCCAGUCCAAGCUCAGGGCGUAAUGCACCGCAAUUUUUCUUUCCAUAUUGGUGUUACAUAAAGACAUCAAAAUGUUCACCUGUGCUCUUACUAGUUUGUUAUCCGAAACAUGUUUGCUUGGAGCAUAUUAAUGUCAGUCUGCUAGUAAUAUAUGUGAAAGCUUUUGUGGCAGUUUCGUAGACAAUUUGAUGGAGUGCAACAGAGAAGAGGCUUUGAGGGCCAUAGAAAUUGCUGCAAAAAAGCUGGAAAAUAAAGACUUUGUUGGGUCCAGAAGGGUUGCACUUAAAGCUCAAAGACUUAAUCCAGAGCUUGAGCACAUACACCGGCUGUUAACUGUCUGUGAAGUGCAUUGUGCAGCAGUGGCAAAAAUCAAUGACGACUUGGACUGGUAUAGUAUUCUCCAAGUGGACGCGACAGCAGAUGACACAGUCAUAAGAAAGCAAUAUGACAAACUUGCCAAUUGGCUCCAGCCUGAUAAAAACACUCUCUCUGGUGCUGAAGUUGCUCUGAAGUUGGUCUCAGAAGCUAGUGAGAUAUUAUGUGAUCGUACGAAGCGUUCUUUGUAUGACAUCAAAAGGCAGAAUGCUUGCAAACAUGUGAUAAACAAGGCUACACAGCUAUCAAGUAAGACUGGUGCAAAUAGAAGUCAUGUGGGAUGCAAACAACCACCUGCUUUUGUACCGGUGUUUUGGACCAUGUGCCCACAUUGUCGGAAGCGAUAUGUGUACUACAAACGGAACUUUCUAGUCCACUGUGAUGACUGUGGUAAAUUGUUCUUUGCAUUCAAGCUGCAUGAGCAAGCUGUGCCCUCGAGUUUCCUAUCUGAUUCAGGGAAUAAUGCUCAAGUUUUACCUGGAAAGUUUUCAGGUCAACUAUAUGGAGGCACUAAUCAGCACGCCCAGUAUACUAACAUGUGUUCUGCAGAGAGGAAAAUUGACUCGGAACCUACAAUGAAUGCUGCUCCAGUUGAUGACCAUAGAAAAUGGGAUGACAGGGCAGGCGGUAAUGAGGAAGGUAACCGUUCAGAGACAAAAAUCGAUGUAGUUCUGUUUUCAGCAACAAAACAACCUAAAUCGCCUGUUGCAGACAAGGAAUCAGUUAGCAAUUUGACAUUAGAUCGUCCUGAUCCAAACUUCAUUUCUACACAAAACUUGAGAAGUGAAGAUGCACCUCCAGGGCCAAAUAUUGCAGGGUCCUCCAGUGUUCAGAGAUUAUGUAAGAGAAUGCAAGAUAAUGGCGCUGACUGGUAUGAUGUCACAGACUCCUGUAAUAAUAAGAGGCAACGGAAGCAUGACACCCCAUCUAGUUCUUAUGAGCAAAUAACUGAUGAUAUUGCCGCCGCCGCUGCUGCUGACAAUCAUGACUUCAGCAGAGUGGAUAGCCAAGAUGGAGGAAUUGCAAGACAUGAAACCGAUCAGCAAAGUUACAAGGAAGCAAGUGGUAGUUCUCGUCAGAACCUUGGCAGUCAUGUGAUUACCUACCAUUAUCCUGACUUCUUUGAUUUUGGCAAGUUCAGAGAUGUUAACAAGAUUGCAGUUGAUCAAAUAUGGUCUCUUUAUGACAACCUUGAUGACAUGCCGAGAAUUUAUGCUUUGGUAAAGCAUAUCGAUACUUCCAACCUUAGAGUUCAGCUGACGUGGCUGGAGCAUAACUCAAGGAAUGAACAAGAGACCAACUGGACUAAUAAAGAAUUGCCAGUAUCUUGUGGAAACUUUUGCUUAGGAGGAGAAACAAAAGUAUUACAAGAUCCAUCGAUGUACUUGUCUCACAGAGUUUCAUCGACAAAAGGCAAAAACGGAAACUCAUAUGAAAUAAAUCCUAACAAGGGUGAGGUAUGGGCUCUUUACAAAGGAUGGAGCAUGCAAUGGAGCUCUGAUGCAGAUAACCAUCGGUCCUAUGGAUAUGAUAUUGUUGAAGUCCUCUCAGUUGGCUCAACUAGUGCUGAUGUCACUGUUUCACUGCUAAUGAGGGUUGAUGGCUUUGUUAGUCUAUUUACACAAGCUAAGGACAAACCAUUUUUUUCGAUACCAUCAAGUGAGCUACUCCGAUUUUCUCACAGUAUCCCCUUUUAUAGAACAAAUGGAAAUGAACGGGUAGGCGUUCCAGAAGGAUUACUGGAACUGGAUACAGCGGCUCUUCCAAGUGAUCUGGGAACAUUUCCUUUGGUUACUCUUGAAUCUUGCAUGCCUUCAGAAGAUGUUUAUUAUACAUAUCCAGAAUCUGAAUUCCACAACUUUGAAAAAGACCGUUCGUGUGAGAAGUUUGAAAGUGGCCAAAUUUGGGCUCUCUACAAUGACACCGAUACAUUCCCGAACGUCUAUGGCUGGGUGAACAAAGUUGAGACACAACCGUUUGAAGUGCAUUUGACCUGGCUUGAGUCCUGCUGUCAACAGGUGCAGGAGAAGCUGUUGUUGGGGCAGGAUAUACCUGUGAGCUGUGGCAAAUUUAAAAUACGAAGCUGGAAAACGAAGUAUGGUGGAACUCAUACCUUCUCUCAUUUGGUAGAAAAUAGCCAAAUUGAUACAAACUGGCAGGUUAAUAUUCUUCCGAAGAUGGGUGAGGUUUGGGCCAUCUACAUGAACUGGUCACCUGAUCGGGUUCCUUCCAGCAACAACCGCACUAAUAAUUGUUUUGAAUAUGCUAUUGGGGAGAUCGUCAAGUGCAGUGAACGAAGCACAUUUUUUUCUUUUCUGACUAAAGUUGAUGGCUACGUUGCUGUGUUCAAGCCUGACAUAACUAAGGGGGUACUGAAAAUACCUAUGAAAGAGAACCUGAGAUUUUCUCAUCGAAUUCCAUCGUUUCGUCUGACAAAGGAGAAAGGUGGUAGACUUCGGGACUUCUAUGAGCUCGAUCCAGCUUCUGUUCCUGGCGCUUUUCUUCAGCAGGGUGGCCCUGGUAAUUGACUCUGUUAAGACUUAACCUUUGUGAAGACAGCAGGAGGGAAUUUAUGCCACGGUGGAACUCUAUAUAGUUUUGUGUUUUGCACCUGAACAUCUAGGGCGUGGCAAAUGCAGGCUAAGUAUGGUGCCUCCGUAUCCUCGGAGGAACAUGCAUGCUAACUUACUUCUGUGACCUCUGGAACAAAUUUAUUUGGUACUAUUUGUAGUCAUGUUGAACUGCAAGUAAUUCACUAUUGCACUUGUAUUUGCUGGAUGCAAGGAAGCUGUUGGGACAUGGAUAUUGGUACUGUUUCCUUGCUUA